AAAUGUAUAACAUCACUGAAAGGAAAGAAAGAGAAUGUUCUGUCACUUGCACAACUCUCCGAAUAAGAGGCACAGUAUGCUCGCUUCAAGGUGUUUAUUUAUCACUCCGACAAAAACUGACACAUAAAAGAAAACGAAAUAUUGUAUAUUCAAACACAAAAAAAUGUCCAACCCCCAAAAAAUUCUAAAAGCCUGCUAGCUUAAUGCUAACAUACAAUGCAAAUUAACAUAGACAAGCUAAAAGAAAUUUGCAUCAAUGUCACGAUAACUAUAAACCUUGAAACAAUUGCUGCUUCAUGGCUCUUCAUGGUUAUGGCAGUCCAGUUAACUCAAAACCUAGCAAACUGUGAUAUAUAUUUUUUCUUCCAAAAAAAAGUUUUACUACGUUUUUUUUUUCAAGAUCUAUCAUGACAUGCAUGACAGACUGCAGGUGGGCUUGUAUCAAUAAAACGUGGAUGCUGCCCUGUUUUGGUGCCGUUUUGCUUUGAGUUAAGCUUCCCGGUCAGACACAGCUCCACAGUUGGCGUCAGGAUGGUUUGUGUGGGUGGGUGUGUGGGUGGGGGGAGGGGGGCACGACAUUGUUCUGCUCAAUAUAUUUUUGAUAUUCUGUCAAUGACUAAAUUGAUUUGUCCUUCUUUUUUACUAAAACUUGCAAAAGAGACCGUCUCUUCCUUUCUGUUUCAGUCUCUGACACUAGUUAAGUAAAAUGCAUUUGGCACUUGUCAGCUUCUGAAAUGAAACCAUGAUUUUCUUUGAGUUUUAUACACAGUAGGUGUUUGGUUUUGGAGGAUUUGGAAAAGUCACAUUGAAUAAUGCCAUGAUAGGCACGCUGCGUGUCGGCAGGACUCUACCCUUGUUGAGAAUGGCAAUAGGGCAUCCAUGGCAAUCACCGCCUGUCACGUUCGCUCAUCCCGUCUGUAUUAGUUUCUCUACAUUAGCCUGAAUACAUGAAAAAAAACACAUGCGGGGAGGGGGGGAUAUUGCGAGCGUUGACUACAUUGUUCUUUACGGCGGAGCGAAGUGCAGCUCAGGUGUGCGUCCGCAACUUGAUAUCACAAUAACAAUAGCAGCAGAUAAGAGAGCAUAACGUCAAGUCUUUGAGGGUGCAGAACGACGAGGUAGUUUUUUCCCCCUCCCACCAUCUAAGCAUCAUGGCCCAUUUAUUGGCUGGUGUUUACAUGUUAGGUGGCUAAUUUAGCAGAUAAUUCACAACAAAGCGUCCACGCAAUAUUACUAAUGAUCAACUGUAAUGAUACUACAUCCAGUGAGUGAUUAAUUAACCUGCAGCCGUGGGAGGGAGCGUUUGUUCCAAUUUGUUUGUCAUGCAAAUAAAAAUAGAGAAAUACAAGUUGUCAGUGGAAAGGGCAAGAUAAAUGCUUGUUUCCACAGCAACUGCGGUUUGUCAUUGUCAAUGUCAUUCUGUAAACCUGGAAUUUGACAGCUUUUUUCUAAAGUGACCCAAUUACCCAAAAAUACAAAUAUUUGCAAUUGUCGAAUUUGAAUUUGAAUCAUUUUUACACCUGUGGAAAACUUUCAGACAUGCACAUCAGCACCAGGCCAAAUUUACUUAAUCAUCCCAAUUUCCAAAUCCACGUUGUGCUUCUUCAGAUGAUGCCGACGAGCUUCUUGGCAGCAUGCAACCUGCACGCAGCUCGCUGGCAAAAUGUGUCAGUGCACGCUCUAGCUUUUUAUGACUCACAAUAAGCCGUCCAAAGUCCAACAAAGUCGGGGGUCUGAUAAGCGGAACCAAUAAAAACCGCAGCAGACUGGCAGUGUAAACACCGCGGACCGGAGAGGGCCUUCACCUCCUCCUCCCCUUUUCUUCGUUUUCUUCUUCUAUUUCGAAUCCUACCUUCUUCUUCUUGUUCUUCUUCUUCUGCCGUUGCAUUUACAUAAAGCCCCCGUCAGCCGGCCCACUCAUUAGCAUCUUUUAUAGGCCCAAAGACAGGCGCCAGCAUCAUGGCAAAGUAGAUUCAUCCUCCUCGCUCUCGAACAGGUGUCAGACGGACCAGAGAGCCCAAACGGAACUUAUACACUUCUUUUUUUUCCUUUUCUUUUAAUUAUUUUUUUUGAUGUUCUCCAACAUGGUGUCCAAGUUGACGUCCCUGCAGCAGGAGCUCCUGAGCGCUUUGCUGGACUCCGGGCUCACCAGGGAGGUUCUGAUCCAAGCGCUGGACGACAUGGACCCAAACCCGGCUGCGGGGUUCGGGGUGAAGCUGGAGAGGCUGCAGCCUCCGCUGUCUCCCCGCCACAAAUGCAACUCCAACGGCGAGUCGUGCGACGCCAAGCCGGUGUUCCACACGCUGACCAACGGCCACGGCAAGGCGGCCACAAAACUGUCCGGGGACGAGGGCUCGGAGGACGGCGACGACUUCGACACGCCGCCCAUCCUCAAGGAGCUCCAGUCACUCAACACCGAGGAGGCCGCCGAACAGCGCGCCGAAGUCGAGCGCAUGUUGGCGGAGGAUCCGUGGCGUGCCGCCCGCAUGAUCAAAGGUUACAUGCAGCAGCACAACAUCCCACAGCGCGAGGUAGUGGACAUCACAGGCCUCAACCAGUCGCAUCUGUCGCAGCACCUGAACAAGGGCACACCCAUGAAGACCCAGAAGCGCGCCGCCCUCUACACCUGGUACGUGCGCAAGCAGCGGGAGAUCCUCAGACAGUUCAACCAGGCUGUGCAAGGUUCUGGCAGCAAUAUGACAGACAAAGGCAAUCAGGAUCCGGUGUUUUUUUUCCCAGAGUUCAAUCCAUCCGGUCAGGGCAUGGGUCAGGCCGGCGGUGGCGACGAGAUUGGCGGCGAGCCCUCCUCCAAGAAAAUGAGACGUAAUCGUUUCAAGUGGGGGCCCGCCUCGCAACAGAUCCUCUACCAGGCCUAUGAGAGACAGAAGAACCCCAGCAAGGAGGAGAGGGAGGCACUGGUGGAGGAGUGCAACAGAGCCGAGUGCCUCCAGAGGGGUGUGUCGCCAUCCAAAGCUCAAGGCCUGGGCUCCAACCUGGUGACGGAGGUGCGCGUGUACAAUUGGUUCGCCAACAGACGCAAAGAGGAAGCGUUCAGGCAGAAGCUGGCCAUGGAUGCCUACAGCACGCCGGCCACGCACAGCAUCAACACGCUGCUGUCCCACGGCUCGCCGCACCACCCGCAGACCAGCGCUUCACCCCCAAUGCGCUACAGCCAAGGACCCGGCGAGGUGACGUCGUCCACUACCAUUAGCCACCAUGCAAGCGGCGGCAUGGCUACCAGCCAGUCGGUGCUCCAACAGGUGUCACCGGGAGGACUGGACCCCAGCCACAGUCUGCUGUCACCCGAUACCAAGAUGAUUUCAGGUUCCGGCGGCGGCCUUCCUCCGGUGAGCACGCUGACCAACAUCCACAGUUCGCAUCACAGCCACCAGCAGACACAAAACCUCAUCAUGCCACUUUCUGGAGUCAUGGCCAUCGCGCAAAGUUUGAACACGUCGCAGUCUCAGUCGGUGCCGGUGAUCAACAGCGUGGCAGGCAGCCUGGCAGCCCUGCAGCCCGUGCAGUUCUCGCAGCAACUUCACAGUCCUCACCAGCAGAGCCUCAUGCAGCAGUCACCCAGUCACAUGAGCCAGCAGCCGUUCAUGGCCGCCGUCACGCACUCGCACAUGUACCCUCACAAGCAGGAGCCGCCGCAAUAUUCGCACCCGUCUCGCUUCCCGUCGGCGAUGGUGGUGACGGACGCCAACACCAUCGGUACACUCGGCUCCAUGACGCCCAGCAAGACGGAUGCUCCGGUAAACAAGAUGGUGCAACUCGGGGGUCUCUCCUGGUGUCCUCUUCAAGCGUGGUGAGAGCGUGUGCACCUGACUUCCUCGCUGCCCGGCAACCCCAGUGCAUUUUUUCCUCUUCUUUUUUUUUUUUUCCACCUUUCCCGCUUGCCCGUCCGUCACUGUGGCGACGGAUGACGAAUCGGGCGGGGGGGAAGCUGCCAAAAGGGGGGACCACCACACGGCAGCCAUGGCUGAACAGACCGGAGUGCCUGCCAAGCGAGGAUCAGGGCUUAUGUGGCCCUAUUGCCUGUUGAGCAGGACGUAUGAUUGGUUCGUGCAGUGUAAACCUUUUCACUGUGACGUCAUGUACUUCUGGGUGGCAGAAAACGGAACUUUCAACUUGUCAGCAAAUUCAUGUCAUUUGACCAAGGCAGAGGAACAUGAAUUUGAAAGAAGAGAGCAAAUGCCUCAAAUGAUGGUUUGGGACUUCUGGAAUGUGUGACGUGUCAGUCGAAAGACGAUUUUUGUCUCAGAUCAUGAUCAUGGCCAUUUAGCGUUAUAAAAGAAAAAUAGACUACGGUUGUAAAUAAAACAUAGGUUAUUUUGGACAAAACCAUUACAUAUCGGUGUUCAGUAUUUGAUUUCUGAAUGGAGGACCUGUAACCAGCAUGAUUAUAAGGUCCCUCCAAAGUGAAAAUUCAAGUAUGUCUUGUAAAUUUGACACACGAACAAGAAGAUUUUAAUUAAUUAAAAAUCUCCCAAGUGUAUAAAAUGAGGAUUCAAAAUCAUGAAAAAUCGAGCCAUUCUCUCCGCACCUAAUUUGAACGUCCUGAAACCACAACUGUCGACUGUCUACUUUGUUAUGCCGACACAUCCUUCCACAUUUAAGCUGCGAAAAUAUAUCUGCUUCACCAUAUCCCACUGGGUUGUCGCCCGGCUGUUCGACGCCGCAACAACAAGGCACUCUAAAAUUGCUACGCCAUCACAAAGCCCCUAUGCAUAUGCUCACUUCCGACAUCUUUUCUCAUUGCUCUUCCAUCUUUUCCCUUUAAAGCGUUUUUGACAUUCACUCAAAAUAAAGUUACAUCGGGCAGCACAACCCCAAUCACAACAUAUUUUAGUUCAGGUCAGCGGUAGUCACUCACUUUCUGCCACCCAUAUGUAACCUGGCGCCUGCUGUUUACAAACAUUUGAAAACGUCCAUUUACUUUGCCAAGCCCACUUUUGAACGCAAAGUGAUCAUACGAGGAAAACAAAUCACGCCUUCGGACUGCACGACAAUCCUGAUGCUUGUUGAUCUGGCGUAUUCACGCCACCACAAAGUCUUCCUGUUUGGCACUCACAUGUGUGUGUAUAUACUGUGAUUUUUUUU